CCUCCAUUAUGGAACUAAAUCAAACUCUUUGCUUUCUGAAUCUCUAAUACUCACGAACAGUUUCUGCCUUCUUGCAAAGAGAAUUCAUGGCACAACCAGAGCGCAAAUCAAUGGAUGCAGCUAUUCUUGUGGAUUCCAUAUCUGACAUCUUAAAAUGCUCACUGGCACCACCAGCAACACGCCUCUCGGCUAAGGACCUUCAACAGUUUCAAAACCAUCUCGAAGGGAUCCGUGACAUGGUUCAAAAGGCGAACAACAACAUUAACUCCCAAGAUUCCUAUGUUCUUGCUUGGUUACUCGAGGUCAAGGAAGUGGUCAACGAUUUGGAGGAUUUGAUUGAGGUUCUACGUCACAAGGAGAGUGCCACUGCCAAUGCCACAAGAUCUCUCAUCAAAGCCAGCCAAAACAUGGCGCAUCGCCUCAAAGUCACGCACCAUGUCAAGAAAGCCUCUGAGGAGCUCAAACGCUUCUUAACCGAGGCACAAAACUUGUCCUUCUCCAAAGAAGCAAGGAACAUCGAGAGAAAGUUGUUGGAUACGGUCGCCAAAUUUGAGAAUACUCUUGUUGCUGUUGGCAGAGAAAAUGUUAAGAAGGAGAUCAUAAAUCAACUCAAGCAGUUUGUGAAUAGUGGAGGAGACGGUGUUGUUCCUGUGGUUACCAUUGUGGGGGUUCCUGGAAUAGGGAAAACUAAACUUGCUAGUCUCGUUUGUGAGGAUGAGCAAGUUAAAGCCCAUUUUGGGGAACAAAUUUGGGUUCAUGGAAACCGUGAAACCUUGGACGUGGAAUCCAUCGCAACACCUGUCGCUGGAACAGUUAAGAAGGGAAACCGCUUCCUUCUUGUGCUGGAUGAUCUGAGAGAUGAGAACGUUGAGGAAUGUCUCCACAAGUUGCGGAAGAGAUUAACGGAAGCUGUUGGGGCAAUACUCAUAACCACACGUAGCAAUUUCGUUGCCAAUUACAAGAUUGCUGGCACGGUUAAGCUGUACGCUUUGCGGGGGCUUAACCAAGAGGAAUCAUGGUCACUGUUUCAGCAGAUUCGUGAACAAGGUUCGAGCAAUCACAUCAAUGAAAGCGUUGAAAGGGAGAAAGUGAAGGAAUAUUGCGGUGGAGGAGUCCCUAUGAAGAUAAUAACCAUCGCAAGGUUACUAAAUUGUAGUGAAUCACCACUUUCCGAAGCAGUGUUGAAGGAGGAGUUUCUACAAGAGCUGAAGUUUACCUACUACCACCAACUUCCCAUGCAUCAGAAGCUAUGCUAUGUUUAUUGUUCAUUGUUUCCUCAAGAUUAUGUGAUAGACGCGGAGAAAUUAAUUCAUCUCUGGAUGGCGGAAGGGUUUCUUUCUCGGAACCUUUGUUCCGAUCCGCAAGAGUUUGGCUGGGCGUGUUUCAACGACUUUGUUCCUUUCGUUUUCGAGGAGACGGGGAGAGACGAAUUUGGUGUUGUGAAGAGCUACAAGAUGAACCGUUUAAUGCAUGAACUGGCGAGGAUUGUUGCAUGGGACGAGAAUAUCGUAGUGGAUUCAGAUGGGAAAAGAGUUCACGAGAGAGUGGUGCGAGCUUCCUUUGAUUUUGCGUUGGAUGUUCAGUGCGGAAUUCCUGAGGCUUUGUUCGAGAAAGCGAAGAAACUGAGGACUAUUCUUUUGCUGGGAAAAACAAACAAAUCUCGGCUUCCACAUGAGGUGAAGAUGGCCACGUCAACUUGCGAUAAAAUCUUUGACACGUUCAAGUGUUUUCGCGUGUUGGAUCUCCAUGAUUUGGGGAUUAAGAUGGUACCGAGCUCUAUUGGGGAACUGAAGCACUUAAGGUAUCUCGAUCUUUCCCAUAAUAACAUAGAGAAGCUUCCUAGUUCAAUCACCAAGCUUGUCCACUUGCAAACGUUGAAACUUUCUCAAUGUCAUGUUCUCAAAGAGUUGCCGAAGGACUUGGAGGAUCUAAGUUGCCUCAUGCAUCUUUACUUGGAGGGGUGCCUUGAUCUCACUCACAUGCCACGUGGGAUAGGGAAGCUGAGUUCUCUACAAACAUUGUCACUUUUUGUGCCUAGCAAGAACCAUCACAUGGGAGACCUUAAGGAUCUCAAUAGCCUAAGAGGGAACUUGGAAAUUUUGCAUCUGGAGCGAUUGAAGUUGUCUGCAUCUGACGAAAAAGAUAAGUAUGUGAGAGAUAAAAAGCACCUUAAUUGUUUGACUUUAAGAUGGGAUCACGAGGAGGAAGAGGAGGAGGAGGAGGAGGAGAAAGACAAAGGCAAUGAUGUUGAUCACAAAGACGGAAAAUCACUGGAAUGUCUUGAGCCAAAUCCAAAUCUCAAAGUGUUGUGCGUUUUGGGGUAUUACGGUAACAGGUUUUCAGAUUGGCUUUCUUCAAUGCAAUGCCUUGUUAAGUUUAGCUUGAAUGAUUGUCCCAAAUGCGUAUUUAUCCCACCACUUGAUCACCUCCCACACCUUAGGGUUCUUGAACUAAGAAGGUUGGACUCUCUUGAAUUCAUUAGUGCUGAUGCUAAAGGCUCCUCUUCCUUUACAUUUUUUCCAUCAUUGAAGGAACUUACAAUCUCUGAUUGCCCUAACCUCAAAAGCUGGUGGGAAACUCCAAAGCGGGAAAACGAUAGACCAUUCUUUAAUUGCAUUUCUAAACUGCAUGUUCAAUGCUGCCCUAAUCUGGAUUGCAUGCCUUUGUAUCCUUUUCUUGAUGAAGAGUUGGUGCUUGUGGAUUCCAGCGUAAAGUCAAUGAGGGAUACAGUGCAUGCUAAAACAUCAAAAGACUUCAUUCCUUUUUCAAAAUUGAAGUCAAUGCUAAUUGCGCGCAUUACAGAAACUCCACCACCGAGAUGGCUUAAAAGCUUCAUUUCCCUUGAGAACCUUCAAAUUCGAGAUUGCUCUGAAUUAGAGUGUCUACCCGAAGGUUUCAAGUCUUUGAGCUCGCUGCAGCGUCUCACCAUUGAAGGAUGUCCGAAACUCGAUCUUGACGUUUCCAAGACUGAAUGGGAGGGUCUGAAACACCUCAAAUGUCUGACAAUAAGGGAAAUUCCAAAGCUCAAGUCCCUUCCAUGGGGUGUUGAGGAUGUUACCUCUUUGGAAGAGCUCGAGCUUUACGAAUGCCCCGCCUUAACUUUUCUACCGGAGAGCAUGGCCAAGCUCACCUCGCUGUGUAAGCUAGUGAUUUCUGAAUGCAAAAACUUGGGUUCACUUCCCAAAGGACUAGAAAUGCUCGAGUCUUUGAAUACCUUGACCAUUACGGAUUGUCCCUUGUUAUUGCCAAGGUGUCAGCCUGAAACGGGAGAUGAUUGGCCACAAAUUGGUCAUGUCAGAAAUAUCCUGCUGAAGCAGAAUUCUCAAGCAUUGAGGGACUUGUGGAGUCAAGGAAGGACUGGUUGACAUGCAUCAAGAGAUCCAUUCUUAAGAAAAGUGUCGUCUAACACUUCAUAUGCUGAUCAUAUGCUCCCUCACAAAUCGCAAUUUCUUCUGAUGAUUCAGCUUUGAUUUUAAAUUUGAAGGAGCGCAGAACCAUGCAGGAAAAAGAUAAUGGAGAAUCAGUACUCAAUUCUCUCGUGGUUAUAAAGCAGCAGUUCUUUUUAAAAUGGUUUAUCUAUAUUUUAUUUCAUGUCUUUGGAAUUUUUAUAUAUUAUAAAGAAAUAAUGCAUUCUUACUAGUACUUGAAUAUAUGAAGGAAGGAGACUGUUUAAUGGUCA